GGCACCGGCUGCCUCCAUCGACGGGCCGGCGGUGCGGGGCAGUGCUAAGGAAGUAAUUUCAAAGCCAGUCAGAUUAUGGCCUUUGAAAGGAUAACACAAAAGAACUGGUACAAAAUCCUGGGUGCAAAGCCAUCAGACAGUCCGGCAGAACUAAAACGGAAGUACCAAAAACUUGCUUUAUUAUAUCAUCCAGACAAACAGAAGGCAGAUGUGCCAGCAGGAGAAGUAGAGGAGCGCGUGCAGAGGUUCAUCGAAAUUGAUCAAGCGUGGAAAAUUCUAGGGAACGAAGAGACAAAAAAAGAGUAUGACCUGCAGCAGCGUGAAGAUAAUCUGACAAAAGAAUGGCCACUACAUGCACAAAUUUAUCUUGAGGAUAUGUCCUGGAAUGAAGAUGAACAAUGCUAUACUCUGUCAUGUCGAUGUGGUGGGAAUUACACCGUCUUCAAGAAUGAAACCAAAGAUGUUUCUUUGGUUUGUUGUGACACAUGUUCACUUGUUAUCGAGAUCCUUCAAUGAUUGUUUCAGUCAAGCACAUUAAGCAUUACAAACUUUUAAAAAGACUGGACAAACAGGGAACAGCAUCUGCUAAAGAAAAGUAUGUUAAAGAAAAGGGGGGCACCACAAGAACAAGUUCAGUCAGGCUUAAGAAAGGAAAUGUGCCCAUUUGCUGACAUAGCUCUGCAGGCAGACAUGAGGCUUGGGUUUUUCUUCCUUCUGCAACUAAAGAACCAGUUAUUAAAAACCUCCAGAACAGAACACUAAGUUCUGUACAACUAGAAUAUAUCUUAUGAUCUAAAUGACAUUUCUUUCCCAGAAAACAACAGAGUAGCUUCUUUCAAUCUCAGCCUAUAUCAACUAUACCUUGGGCCCUACCUCUUAGGUUAAAUCCUUUUUAACAGCUCAGAUGACAAAAUUUAAUCAGGAGGCAUACAUCUGAGAAUGCUUUGAAGAUAAUGAAGAGUAAGGUGCAUUAAUGGGAAACAGGAACAUUUUCUAUUUCUAUGCUAAAUAUUUAACUUCAUUAAAUCCUCACAAGGAGUUGAGCCUUGGAGAGAGGUGGCAGAGACUCACAGAUUAACAGGCUGGUUGUCUUGGUACUAAGUAGCAGGUCCAGUGCCUACACACUGGACUGUAACAGUGCAUCUACAUUAACUUUUCAGCUUAAGAGCAGGAGCAUAUUUUGAAUUGACUCUCAUCUGAACAAACAGAGUCUUCAUUCCUUAGAAGAAAACUAACCAGGAAACUGUGCUGUGAUCCCUACUGGGCAAACAGCCCACUGGGCCAAACUAGAGCCCGUUUAAGGAAAACCCUACAAAACGCACGUAAGUGACUAGCAGAUCCGGAACCCCACUGUUACUGUUUUCAGUUCCAAUCCUAGCAUGCCACACUACUUGCUAAUGUAGGCAUAGCCAAUGUGUGGCUCUGGAUGUAUGACAACAUAAUAGUGCAUUGUGCCUUUUUCAUCCCUUGUUAACAGUCAAUACUAACCUUGGCUUGUAGUAAAAACCAAAAGUUUCUAAUAAAUCCAAGCACUUACUGUGAAUAGCCAGAGGAAACAAAGUAGGAGGCAUAUCAUUUUUGUUGAUGACAGCAGUGUAUCUUUCCCACUUUCAAGUUAGGUGCAAUCUCAG